AUGUAUACCAAAUGUCGUCCAAAUGGAAAUGUGACGUGCGGUGGAAAGACUACACUCGCCGAGCGUUUCAAACAACACUAUGAAGAAUGCGUUGUCUUAAGUCAGGAUCAGUUUUACAGACUGGAUGACGACCCCAACCACGAAUGGCUGGAUGUAAGUCCGACAAUAAGACACCAGAACUGGGAGUCAAUGGCGAGUAUGGACUGGAAAUUAUUUAAUGAAGCAAUCGAUUUGGUACUGACCAAAGAGCCGCCCAAACACUCACCCAUUCUUAUCCUUGAGGGACAUCUUAUAUUAAAUAACAAACAAAUGUCCGAUUUGUGUGACAAGAAAUUCUUUCUGACUCUGGAUAAGAAUUCAUGCAUUUGCCGCCGGAAUGUCCGCACAUAUCUACCUCCUGAUCCAAUGGGCUAUUUUGAAGCGUGCGUUUGGCCCAUAAUAUUUGGACGCAAAGCCCGAAACGAUGUCAUCGAUUCGCAGCAGAAGAAUAGCAACAGUGGUUCCCAAAUACCUAACUUAGAGAUAUCGGCCAAUUCUCCGGUCUCUCCAUUUAUACCCCACGUCUUAUUAUCCGCAGAAGUGGUCGCGUGUUUAGCUCUCAGAGCGGUCAACGUUCUAAUGUUCUCGGAAUCACUUCUAAGGCUUUUUGGACAGCCUUAUACGGCCACUGAUGGACACCACCAUCUCAACGGCUCCACCGCCGGCCAGAAUGAACGGUUCGUUAUAGAUAUUACGAGUGACAAACAUCGCGUCCUGAAGGUUGCGCUCCAAUUCGUUGAGCAUUCCGGAUUGAAGUCCAAUGUCUUCUUCCCUGAUCUCAUCGGUCCUGAAAACAAUGGUAGCGCCGGUCGCGCGAGCGAUACGAUUGUUGUCCGUCUUCUUGACGCGACGGAUCACCGAAAUGUCGGCCUUAACUAA